GAAUGAAUGGUUUGAGAGUUUGAGUGAAAAAUGUUUUGGUUUUGGGAUUUAGUGGUGAAUGACGUGAACGACAGACAACUCCAGCCAUACAUCACAACAACACAAAACAAAGCAAUCAUUUCUAUCAUUCAAUUGACCACAAAAUCACAACCAAUUGAUCCCAUAAUAUGUGUUGAAUGCACUGCGAGUGAAGACAAUGCGAAGAAUCAGUUCCAGCGUUGGGUCGAGUGUUGGCAUUAGUGUGUCCUUCGAGUCCGGAAGCCAUCACUCGUUACUUCUGAACGGUUUGAAUGAAUUGAGAUCUAAUGGACAGCUCUUCGACGUGACGCUAAUCGCCGGCGGAACCGAUGGCCGCAAAUACGAAGCACAUCGGGUCGUGUUGUCCGCCUGUUCUGACUAUUUCAGAGCCAUGUUUACGGAUCAGGUGUUCACCGAAAGGCAACAGAAGGAGAUUGUCCUCAACGGUGUCACCAAUGAAGGUCUUCACUAUAUACUGGAGUUCGCGUAUACCUCAAGACUUGCGCUCAAUUUGUCAAACAUUCAGGACGUGUUGUCGACCGCAUCCCACGUCCAGAUGCAAGACGUGGUUCAGGCCUGCAGUGACUAUUUGGAAGAGCAGAUCAUUGUUGACAAUUGUGUCGAUUUGGCCACAAUUGCCGACACAUACUCUUUAUGGCAAUUAUCCAAAAGAGUUUAUCACUUCAUUUGUUCCAAUUUGUUGGCCUUUUCGCGAACCAAUGAAUUACAGCGACUGACUGGCCAUCAGUUGACGCGAAUCCUUGACUGCGAUUAUCCGGUCGACUGUUCCGAGAGUGAUAUCCUCGCGAUUGUUAUGAAAUGGAUUGAACUCAAUGUCAGCGAAAGAGUACAAUAUUUGUCUCAUUUGUUGCGAUUCAUUAACUUCAAGGAAAUCACUAAAGAAGAGUUGUCUCAACACUGGAACCGAUUGCAGCAAAUAUUGUCCGAAUCGAUGGCAUGUUUCAACAAUUCUGGAGUCACUAAUGAAAUCACGUAUUAUUUGCAAAGCGAGAAGAAGUGGAAGUACUUGUCGCGAAUCCCACACGUGGAACAGUGCAACUUCGGAAGUGUUGUCCAUAAGAACCAACUUUACGUAAUCGGCGGCUGUUUUAAUCAAAGUCUUGAAGAGGACGUUCAUCCGUUUGGUUUCAGAUAUAAUCCCGUUUGCAAUAAUUCAACGAAUCCGUGGUCAACGAUAGCGCCGAUGCAUAGGGAGAGGUGUCGGUUCACUCUCAUAGCUGUCGACAACUAUUUGUACGCAAUCGGCGGCGUUUCCGAGAGUGAAUACCCGCUAAUCGAUGACGACUUGUACACAUCCGGUGAGAUAUAUUCGCCCGAAGCCGACGAAUGGACUCCAAUGGCUAGU